ACCCCGCCCUUUAUACCAUAAUCUGUUCCUGUACCCAAAUAUUGCGAAAACAACUGAAAGACACGGAUGUCCCUGACUGUCGCUUUCUACUGAAUAAUUGUAGCUGGAAGUGUUCAUCGUGUGGAACAAUGCAUUCGGUAAACUCGGAGAAAACUGGGUCGUUACGGAAACGGACACUGUCUCGGGGAAUGAGCGAGGAUGAAUCUCUCCGACACAUUAUUAGAGAGGUAGAAGACACAAACAGGUGCCUGUCACGCAGUGACAGCAGAUAUGGAUCAUUAAACCGAGGACAAAGAGUAGAAAGUGUUGGUGAAGAGGAUCUUACUGAGAAAACAGAAAUGGUGGAACUUCGAGCAGACUAUGAGCUCUGUUUACAGGAAGUACGAGCUCUUGAACUUCAUCAGGAAGCUCUUUUGUUUCAGGUGGACUGUCUUCAGGAUGCUCUGGAAGGAGCCGAGGAGAUGCUUUCUGAAGCAAAAAGAGAGUCCCAUGCUGUUAAAGUGGAAUUAGAUCACGAGAGAGAGGUGAGGAGGAAGCUGGAGAACAUGAUUACCACAUUAAUGCAGGAGAUAAACGUGUUGAAAGAGGAACAAAAAUCAGUUUCAGUCGUUCCAGUCACUCGCCUGGUGGAAGAUCAAACACAAGUUGUGCGAGAUGUAGAUGAUUCGACGGUCUUCUCAGGAACCUCUGUAGAUGGAGAUACAUCAAAUGAACGGAUGAGCAGUGAGCUCUCGAGUACUCUUUCACAAUCUACAAUCUCUGCACAACAGCCAGCUUCUUCUAAGGGAGGUUUGGCUUCGUUCUUCAAAACUGAGCAGUAUCAGUCGAAACAGGCUGAGCCCGUCUGGCUUCAGGGCGCUCCAAGAGGGACAUCGGUGGACCAAGAAGCAGCACCUAUCUCAGACACUGAAAGCUCUCGAGUGGAUCUGAAUACGAACCCGAUGUUGCAGUUGAAAAAUACACUUUACCAAAUGGUGCUUUCAAAUCAGAAGCGUGAAGCUCAAGAUGGAGAUGACAAUGAUGAAAGUAGUGGCUAUGAGGACGCACCAUCAGAGUUCUCACCUAGUCCUUUAACUCCAGAUAUGUCACCAGAUAGAGGUGUGAUGGAAGAUGACACUGAUGCAGGAGGUAGUGAGUCAGGUGACCCUAAAAAUCCUGAGUCUUGUAUUCUCUCUUAAGAGUAGUAAAAAGCUAUUAGUCUUUUAUGAGUCCUUCCACAAAACCGGUACAAUGUACACUUCAACAUUUUUUAAUUUUUUUACACAUGUAUGAUUACUUUUCUGAAGACUUAAGCCCGAUUUAUAUUCGAGUGAUUUAGCUCAAACUGCAACAAAAGUCGCUGUUUAUUUACAUCCAUCAUUGCUGGUCUUCUCAAAUCAUACACAACAAGUUGCUGUUUCUUCUUCGUUUGAAGGUUAACUUGUGAUAUUUGUCCCGCUCCUCCUCCACUGUGAUUGGAUGGCCAUGUGAAGACUCACAUUGAUGAGCUGAGCUUUUCAAGUUGAAUAUUUUUCAAUUCUUGGCGCCCAGCAUUGAGUGUGGAAAAACCAGGGGGGCAGGGUUUCAUAUUUUAUUGAAGCAGCCCUGGGCACCGGCAUUAGCUAGCGGACCCCCACCUGCUCUUAGCAUUCCGUUGACUCCCAUUCAUUUUUGCGUCACUUUGACAGUGAAUAACUUUACAUCUGAGGCGUUUAAAGGGAUAGUUUGGCCAAAAACGAUAUUAAACCCAUGAUUUACUCACCCCCAAGCUGUCCGAGUUGCAUAUGUCCAUCGUUUUUCAGACAAACACAUUUUCGGAUAUUUUAGAAAAUAUUUUAGAUCUUUCAGUUGAUUAAAUGUAAUAUUACGGGGUCCAGCCAUAGUCCACGACCUUCGAGUCCAAAAAAAGUGCGUCCAUCCUUCACAAAUUAAAUCCAAACGGCUCCAGGAUGAUAAACAAAGGUCUUCUGAGGGUAAUCCACGUGGUGUUGUUGUAGAAAUAUCCAUAUUUAAAUAUACACAAUAAUUAGACACAGUACACGCACAUAUAUUAUGCAAAAAAUCACUUUUAUUUUGUAUGCGAUUAAUCGCGAUUAAUCUUUGCCCAGCACUACUAUUUUAUUAAAACGGAAAAAAACUGAAAAUACAGGAAAUUUUGUACAAAAAAAUGAAAAAACUUAAUUUGAAUUAAAUGUCUUCUUUAGGGAUCGUCAGUUUUCAGUGUGACCUCCCUUGGCACUAAACACAUCUUGAGCGUUUUUGAGCAGAAUUAAGUAAAACUACUAAUUUCUUUAAAAUUAGAAAUUAGGAUUUAAUUUUAUUUAGGUUUAAAGGUAUAGUUUGGCCAAAAAUGAUAUUAAACCCAUGAUUUACUCCCCCCAAGCUGUCCGAGUUGCAUUUGUCCAUCGUUUUUCAGACAAACACAUUUUCGGAUAUUUUAGAAAAUGUUUUAGAUCUUUCAAUUGAUUAAAUGUGAAGUAUGGGUCCACGACCUUCAAGUCCAAAAAAAGUGCGUCCAUCCUUCACAAAAUAAAUCCAAACGGCUCCAGGAUGAUAAACAAAGGUCUUCUGAGGGUAAUCUGCGUGGUGUUGUUGUAGAAAUAUCCAUAUUUAAAACUUAAUAAACCAAAAAUAACUACCUUCCGGUAGCGCCGCCAUCUUAGUCGCGUCCGCAUUCAGGAUGAGAGCUUACGCAUCCUACGGAGGCUACUCUGCUGCUGCUCUGUGCCCCCGCCCUCCGAAUUUGUCAUACGUCACUAAGAAAAGUGCGUUCACUACGCUGAUACUCUCUCCUGAAUCAUUUUUGGCCAAACUAUCCCUUUAAGAGAUCUUGCAUUUUCCUGCUAUUGCUCAAGUGGAAGGGGAGUUUAUCCUAAAAACUUGACACAUCAGUUUACAUUUUUAUACAGUUUUUAAUACUAUAUACACAUUUCCAGUAUUUUCUGGAUGUAUUAUAUUAAAUAGACUGAGAAAUAAUUAUAUAUGAUCACUAUAACAUUGCAAAAACAACAAAUCUAAUGGCACUUUUGCACAGUGCUGUAGAUUUAUGAGAUUGGCAAAAUGCAUGUAGAUUUUUAUUUUACUAUUUUAAGGAGCUGUCCGCAGUGUUUCUACUUAAACUAAUCCCUUUUCAAUUGCCUUUGUGUGAAGGGGUUGUAAUCUCACAUUAAAAUUAUCCACUUUGCGGGUUUUGCUAUUACCUCUGAAAAAAAAUAUGAUUAUUUUUAUGUGAAAGUACCGGGCCGGAUUUGGCGCGAAAUCUAGUGACGUCACCUGCAUGCGCACUCCCGAGCCUCUCGCCUCGUCUAUUGACUUUGCGCUCAACAGCGACGACACUGAUAACAGACUGAAACGACCUGCUCCCAGCACAACACAGACUCCACAUAUUGUGAAGAAAAAAAGUAAACAAAAGUUAUCUGCUGUAAGGCCAAACGUGAAUCGGAUCAAAUUCGGACAAAAACACAGAUUAACAUUGGCUGGGCAUUUGAAUUAUGGAGAAACCUCCGCUUUGUUUUGGGUAUAAAAACGGAUCCGGAGUUGGCUUUCAUCCUUUUGGACAGGUAAGCUAACAUUACUACAAAGCAUGUCAAAUAUAUUUCGAUUAUGUGCUUUAGUUUUGUAGAUGUUGUUUCGGUUUGCUAGCCUUCGCUUUAGCGUGUGUUCGCCCAGCUGUCGUCGAUCGAUGACGUAAAACUGCGGACGCAUUUGUUUGCGUGCGUCCGCUUUUUAAAAGUCUUUAAACUCGUACAGUCUGACAUUGAUGGAAACUGAGAUUAUACAGUGUGACAUGGACUUAACUACGAUAUUGAUCGCACAGUGUGGCAAGCAACAACCCUAAAGGACUAUUUACCUGAGUUUCCAGCAUGUUGUGUGAUGCUUUCUCCGGUGUGUUACAUCUCAGUCUGGCCGUCGCUCAUGAGUUCGAGCACGCGCUUGUAAACUUAUUGGUUGCAAUCUGAAACAUCACCGCUAGAGGCCGCUGUAAAUUACAUACAGCGCCUUUAAAUCCCAAGUACACUUUCUUAGCAGGCCAUGAGGGACAUGACAAAAUAGGUGCUGUCAACUAAAAAAACUUAUUUUCUAAUAUAAAGAUAAAAUGCAUGUGAAGUUUUUUACAUUUCAAGUAACACAAACCGCUUUUAAAAAUAGAUCAAAUACACUUAAUAAGGUUAGAGGGACUCAAAUGGUACUGGUUUUAUGGAUUGACUCUUAUUAUCUGAUGCUGUCAAUAGAGCACUGGUCUAGAAACCCAGCUGUGUUCAUUCCACUACUAUAGAAAUUUAACACUUAAGUCACCUUUACUGAAAAUGCAUUAGCACAAUCCAACAGAUUUCAAGAUACUUUAAUUCAUUUAUCUGCAAAAUUAUGUUGGAAAAACACUCGUUCUGCACUUUUCUUCUGCUGGUAAAUUGUAAUGUAGUUGUUGAGGUAAUUUAUUUUUGGACUUGGUUGUAUUUUUAUUCUUUUACCAUGAUAUAAAAACAUGUUCAUACGUAUCCAAUCUGACAUGAACUUUGUAGAUGUAACAUGAGCUUUUACCUUGACUUUGCUUACGUUUGAGAUGUGGGUCUGUACAUCAGAUGAAGGGACUUCUGGUUAACCAAAAUUUACAACAAUGUAAAGACCAUUUACAUAAACAGCUAUUAAGGGAAAGUCAAUAAUGCCAGAAUGAACAUGGUAGAAUAGUUUUAUUGUUUGUUCUACUUGCAUCAGGCCUUUUAAAAGCUGUUUGUAGUAAUUUACUCUUUGCUGCUUCAUUUGUUAAUGCGCUCAGUGCUGACCGCUUGUCAGCACACUCAUACUUUGUAUAUGACAGCAUUUAUUCAAUUUUCAAUAUAACAUUGCAAUAUCAAUCACUAUUUUACAGACCUUAUGGAUCAGCGUGAUUUAAAGUUUUUGUUUCGUGUUGCUGGUUUUAAGGAUGUCUCAGGUUAUUGUAAUAGGCACAGCAUACUUUAAGGUUCUGUUAGCAGGUUUUUUUAUGUUGUUUGUGUGACACACAUACAAUUUUACAAUUGACAAGUUUACUGAAGUAGAUGUCCUAAUAAUAGCAGAUGUGAUAGAAAUAUAAUCUGUAGUCAGCAGAUAAAAAAUUCCUGCUACAUUUUGCUCUGUAAGCUUUUGGUCUUUGGAUAUUCAUGCAUGCAUAGUUCUGUAUUUGAUUUUCUAUCUGAUUUUGAAUAAAUGUUUUGUAACUCUC